UUCAAUCCCUUUGAUAUAUCCAACCAUGGUUCUGUGGGUUUUUGGCUAUGGUUCGUUGGUAUGGAACCCAGGAUUUGAUUUUGAUGAGAGAGUGAUAGGCUUCAUCAAGGACCAUAAGCGGGUCUUUGAUCUUGCAUGCAUUGAUCACAGAGGUACUCCUGCAAACCCAGCAAGAACUCUGACUCUGGAAGACAGAGAAGGAGCCAUUUGCUGGGGUGCUGCAUACUGUGUUAGAGGAGGUUCAGAGAGGGAAAAAGUGGCAAUGGAAUACUUAGAGAGAAGAGAGUGUGAAUAUGAUCAGUUUGCUCAUGUAGACUUUUACACGGUGAGGUCAUGUUAUAGAAUCAUUUUGGUGCGAUAUACUUGAAACUGCUUAUACGUUUCUUCGUUACUUAUGCUUUCGAUGUCUUCAUUCUUAUUUCAGGAGGAAGAGACUGUGAACCCUACCUUAAUAGGGGUGUUGGUAUUCAAAUCCACUCCAGACAAAGAAACAAACAAGUAUUAUUUAGGGCCAGCCCCAUUAGAAAGCAUGGCAAGACAAAUUGCUACAGCUACUGGACCAUGUGGGAACAACAGAGACUACCUUUUCAAUUUGGAGAAAGCCUUGCAUGAUAUAGGUCAUGAAGAUGCUUAUGUGAUAGAGUUGGCAAAUGAAGUGAGGAAGGUACUUGGGCCUAUUGUGAGGGCAAAGGAGAAUUUAGUUGUGGCUCAUGUACCCCACAAUCUCCAUAUUGCACCUAUACAGCUUGUUCCCCUUCCAGAACCAUUGACCAUGGACUCAUCCUAACUAAGAAAGGAAUGGAAAA